GAGACGAGGUGGGACCGACCUGUGGAGGGCUCGUUUGAGUUUGUGACGCUUGGACUUGAUGAGUUCAGUCCCGUAACAUCUAGCCUGUUUGGGAAAAUGCAAAUCGUUAAAAUACAGAGCCAAGCCAAAGACUCGAGUCACUGAUGAUCCUUUAAAAAACUGAUUUAAAUUUGUGUAAAAGCAGAUUUCACCUUUAUCGUGUUGUGGAUAUCGCAUUUUGAAACAAUUUCUACUCUUUCUAAUCUGGAAGGCACUUUUUUCUCAUUGUGAUCGGUGGCUGGUUCAUUCAUUUUUGGCGGGUUCAGUCUCAUCCCAUCGAGGUUUCUCCGGUCAUGUGACAAACCCCCUGGUCGGACCUCGGUUCUGCCUCGGCCCGCUCGCCUGCCGCUCCGUCCCAGCUGAUCUCCGGGCACUCGUGGCGCUCAGCUCCUCGCGGCCAUGCUGCGCUGCGUCCUCCAGCGGGCCAACAACCUCCGGCACUCCGACCCCCUGGCCAGCGUCACCUUCAGAGGGUCCAAGAAAAAGACGAAGGUGAUCAAGAACAACCCCAACCCUGUUUGGAAUGAGGGUUUUGAAUGGGAUCUGAAGGGAAUUCCUCUGGACUCUGGAGCAGAGCUGCACUGUGUCGUCAAAGACCAUGAGAAGAUGGGGAGGAACAGGUUCCUGGGGGAGAGCAGGGUGGCCCUCAGGGACAUUCUCAACUCUCCCAAUUUGGCUGCCACCUUCACCGUCUCCCUGCUGGACACCAAGAGGAACAACACCGGGGCCACGCUGACCCUGCAGGUUUCCUACAUCCCUCCACCAGGAGCGGCUCCCAUCUUCCAGCCUCCUCCUCAGCCGGAGGCCCUGCAGCACAACCCCAAUGUGGAGCUGGACACUGUCACAAUGAUUUCUCUGGACACCAUGGGCGAGGAAGACACAGAGAGCAUGCUGAUGCUGGAGACCACAGAAGAUCAGGGCCCCGACGAUGGACGCUCCAUGGUGAUCGUCGGCCCCCAAGGGCCCACAGGCCAGGAAACGCCGACUGCCCAGACCCCCAAACGCUCCCCACCCGCCUACAACGCCCAUGGAGGGCUAAAGAAGAGGAGGAGGGGGGCCAGCAGCCAGCCCAAACCCCUGCCCAACAAACCACAGGACAUUCAGGUUCGUGUGCGGGUCAUCGAGGGCCGACAGUUGCCAGGCAUCAACAUCAAGCCCGUCGUCAAGGUAACAGUGGCCGGGCAGACCAAGAGGACCCGCAUCAGGAAGGGAAACAACCCGGUGUUUGACGAGACAUUCUUCCUGAACUUCUUUGAGACCCCAUCAGACUUGUUUGAUGAACCGAUCUUCAUCACUGUGUGUGACUCCCGGUCACUCAGAACAGAUGCUGUGAUCGGUGAGUUCAAGUUGGAUGUGGGGACCGUCUACAACGAGCACAGGCACUGCUUCUUGAGGAAAUGGCUGCUGCUGUGUGACCCUGACGACCUCUCAGCCGGGGUCAGAGGUUAUCUGAAGGUCAGCCUGUUCGUCCUGGCCGCUGGAGACGAGCCGCUGCCUGAUAAGCGUGAGUGUGUGGAGGAUAAGGAAGAUAUUGAGGGGAACCUGCUGAGGCCGGCUGGUCUGUCUCUCAGAGGAGCCGUCUUCAGCCUCAGGAUCUUCAGAGCCGAAGACCUGCCACAGAUGGACGAUGCCUUUAUGGAUGGGAUGCGGCAGAUUUUGGGCUUUGACAGUAACAGGAAAAACCUGGUGGAUCCGAUGGUGGAAAUCCACUUUGCUGGCAAAACGGUGUGCACCAAAAUCCUGGAGAAAAAUGCCAAUCCACAGUGGAACCAGAGUCUGAGCAUGCCUAUUAGGUUUCCUUCCAUGUGUGAGAAAAUGAGGGUCAGGAUUCUGGACUGGGAUCGAGCCAGUCACAACGAUGUCAUCGGCACCGCCCACCUCUGCAUGUCUAAAAUUUCUGCUCCUGGAGGGGAGAUCGAUGUGGACGACAGUCUUGGUUUCCUGCCGACUUUUGGUCCGUGCUUUGUCAACCUGUACGGCAGCCCCAGAGAGUUCACCGCCUUCAACGACCCGCAUGAAGCUCUAAACCUCGGAAAAGGUGAAGGUGUGGCGUACCGCGGUCGCGUGUUGAUGGAAUUAACAACAAAACUGGUGGACAAACUGGAGCAGAAAACUGAAGAGAUACCACCAGACGAUCUGCUCGUGGUGGAGAAGUUUCUCAGGAAGAGGAAGUUCUCUCUCUUCGCGGCGUUUUACUCGGCCACGCUCCUCCAGGACGUCGACGACGCGAUCCAGUUCGAGGUCAGCAUCGGUAACUACGGCAACAAGUUUGACUACUCCUGCCUCCCUCUGGCCUCCACCACCCAGUACAGCCGGGCCGUUUUCGACGGUUGCCACUACUACUACCUCCCAUGGGGAAACGUGAAGCCAGUGGUGGUUUUAUCUUCAGAAUGGGAAGACAUCAGACCAAGAAUAGAUGCCCUCAACAUGCUGCUGGCUAUCAUCGACAGACUGGAGGCCAACCUGCAGCAGGUGCAGCUGGAGGUGAAGGCGGGCAGCGAUCUGGAGGAGGUGGAGCAGAGGGUGGUCGACAUGUUGGAUCAGGUCAUCACAGACUGCAGUCAGAAGCUGCCCUCUCUGGACCAGUGGCCGUGCGUGACUCCUCUGGACCGCUCCCUGCGUCACGUCCGAUCGCUUCACCUGCAGCAGAUCGUCCAGGCGGCGCUCGCCCUCAAACACGGCCCGGCCACCGAGCUGUCCACGGUGCUGGAGCAGGCCGAGGACUGGGCCAGCCGCCUCCGCAACAUGGCCGAGGAGCCUCAGAACAGUCUUCCAGACAUCGUGAUCUGGAUGCUGCAGGGUGACCGCCGGGUGGCGUACCACCGCAUCCCGGCACACACUGUCCUGUUCUCGCAGCAGCACUGUGGGAAACACUGUGGAGAGCUGCAGACUGUCUUCCUGAAGUAUCCACAGGGCACCGGUGGAGAAGCCAAACUUCCUGGUCAGCUGAGGGUCAAAGUCUGGUUCGGAUUGGCUGCCGAUGUCAAGCAUUUCAACCAAUACGCUGAGGGGAAACUGUCUGUGUUCGCUGAGACGUAUGAGAACCAGACCCGGCUCGCCCUGGUGGGUAACUGGGGUACUACAGGCCUCACCUACCCCAAGUUCAGUGACGUGACCGGCCGAGUCAAACUGCCCAAAGAGAGCUUCAAACCCUCGCCUGGCUGGAACUGGGCCGGCGACUGGUACAUCAGCCCAGAGAAGACGUUGCUGUACGAUGUGGACGCCGGUCACAUGACCUUCACAGAGGAAGUGUUUGAGAACCAGAUGAGGCUGCCGGGCGGACAGUGGAUCGGCAUGCCUGAGGGCUACACUGAUGUGAAUGGGGAGAAGGCGGUGCCCAAGGACGAGGUGGAGUGUCCUCCAGGCUGGGUGUGGGAGGACGUGGAGUGGAGUGAAGACCUCAACAGAGCUGUGGACGACCAAGGCUGGGAGUACGGCAUCACCAUCCCUCCAGACCGCCGUCCGAAGUCGUGGGUGCCGGCGGAGAAGAUGUACCACACGAACCGACGGAGACGCUGGAUCAGGCUGAGACGGAGAGACCAGCAGAGGAUGGAGGCUCUGAGGAAGCAGCGUCCAGACGAGGCGGAGAGGGAGGGCUGGGAGUACGCCUCGCUGUUCGGCUGGAAGUUCCACCUGAAGCCGAGGAAGACGGACUCGUUCAGGAGGCGCAGGUGGAGGUGCCGCAUGGAGCCGCUGGAGAAGAGCGGGCCGGCCGCCAUCUUCGCUCUGGAGUGCUCUCUGAGCAGUAUAGAGGACAGGAACGAUGACAAGUCGGUCACAACGACGUUCGGAGUCAACAGGCCGACCAUCUCCUGCUUCUUUGACACUGGGACCCGCUACCACCUGCGUUGCUACCUCUACCAAGCCCGAGACCUGCUGGCCAUGGACAAAGACAGCUUCUCAGAUGCCUACGCCAUCGUGUCGUUCCUCCAUCAGUCUCAGAAGACGGUGACGGUGCGAAACACGCUCAACCCCACCUGGGACCAGACGCUCAUCUUCUACGAGGUGGAGAUCUUCGGCGACCCCGACACCGCGACGGCCGACCCGCCCAGCGUCAUGGUGGAGCUCUACGACCAGGACACAUACGGUGCGGAUGAGUUCAUGGGCCGCUGCGUUUGCCAGCCCUCCGUCGCCGCCGCGCCCCGCCUCGCCUGGUUCCCCGUUCGCCGCGGCAACCAGAAUGCCGGCGAGCUCUUGGCCGCCUUCCAGCUCAUACGCAGGGAGAAGCCAGCAGUGCACCAUAUUCCAGGUCAAGAGGGAGACAUCCUGCCCUCCACUCAUGUUUUAGACGAGCUGCUGCUUCCAGGAUUCCUCACUGAAAACCUGCAGCAAUGGCCGGAGGAGUCGGACCUGCCGUACCCGCCGCCUCAGAGGGAGCCCAACGUCUUCAUGGUUCCUCAGGGGAUCAAGCCCGUCCUGCAGAGAACAGCCAUCGAGGUCCUGGCUUGGGGCGUUCGCAACCUGAAGAGCUUCCAGCUGGCCAGCGUCACCUCGCCCAGCCUGCAGGUGGAGUGCGGCGGCGCCAUGGUGCAGAGCUGCGUCAUCCGCAGCGUCAAGAAGAACCCCAACUUCGACGUCAACACGCUCAUCAUUGACGUGAGACUUCCCCGUGAGGAGCUGUACAUGCCGCCGGUCGUCAUCAAAGUGAUCGACAACCGGCAGUUCGGCAGGAAGCCGGUGGUCGGGCAGUGCACCAUCCGGUCGCUGGAGGAGUACCGAUGCAGCCCGGAGGAGGAGGGCGAGGAGGGAGGGGAGGAGGAGACAGUUGAGUUCGUCCAGCCUCCUCGUGACGACGUCCUGAUCGACAUCGACGACAAGGAGCCGCUCAUACACGGACAGUUUGCAGAUGGAACCAGCUCCGCUAUCAUUAACCUUUCAGGCUCUCGCUCCAGCCUCCAUGAGGACGAGUUCAUGGACUGGUGGAGCAAAUUCUACGCCUCGACCGGAGAGACGAACAAGUGCGGCACGUACCUGGACAAGGGCUUCGACACGCUGCAGGUGUAUGACAGGGAGUUGGAGAAGGUCGAGGCCUUCGCGGGUCUCUCAGAUUUCUGUCAGACGUUCAAACUGUACAGAGGGAAAACUCAGGACGAAGGGGAGGAUCCUUCAGUGGUGGGAGAAUUCAAGGGUAUGUUUAAGAUCUACACCCUGCCGGAUGACCCCUCCGCCCCUCGUCCACCCAGGCAGUUCAGGCAGCUGCCGCCCAACGGCAUCGAAGAGUGUCUGGUCCGCAUCUACAUAAUCCAGGCCAGCGGACUGCAGCCCAAAGACACCAACGGCAAGUGUGACCCCUAUGUGAAGAUCACCUUGGGGAAAAAGACUAUCAAUGACCAUGACAACUACAUCCCCUGUACACUGGACCCUGUUUUUGGAAAGUUGUUUGAGCUGACCUGCUGCCUGCCUCUGGAGAAGGACCUGCGGGUGAUGCUGUACGACUACGACAUGCUGACCAAGGACGAGAAGAUCGGGGAGACGGUCAUCGACCUGGAGAACCGCUUCCUGUCCAAGUACGCCGCCCGCUGUGGCCUGCCGCAGACCUACUGCCUCUCGGGGGUGAACCAGUGGAGGGACCAGCUGAAGCCGAGCCAGCUGCUGACCAGAGUGUGUGACCGGCAGAACCUGAGACGACCCGUCUACAAACAUGACCGGGUCUACUUCAGAGGGCAUGAUUACACUGCCGCCGACCUCGAGGAUGGUAAGCCCGUCAACCCCCACCUGGGUCCUCUGGAGGAGCGACUGUCCCUCCACAUCCUGAGGAAACUCAAUCUGGUACCUGAACAUGUCGAGAGCAGACCGCUGUACAGCCCGCUGCAGCCUGACAUAGAGCAGGGGCGGCUGAUGAUGUGGGUGGACCUGUUCCCCAAGUCCCAGGGACCGCCCGCACCGCCCUUCAACAUCACGCCACGCAGGGCCAAGAAGUUCUUCCUGCGCUGCAUCAUCUGGAACACCAGUGAUGUCAUCCUGGACGACGUCAGCAUCAGCGGGGAGAAGAUGAGCGACAUCUACGUCAAGGGCUGGCUGCACGGACACGAGCACAGCAAGCAGAAGACGGACGUCCACUACCGCUCCCUGGGCGGAGAGGGCAACUUUAACUUCAGGUUCCUGUUUCCUUUCCACUACCUGCCGGCCGAGCAGCUCUGCGUCAUCGACAAGAAGGAGCACUUCUGGAGUUUGGAUAAGGCUGAGACGAAGCUUCCUCCUAAACUCACCAUCCAGAUCUGGGACAACGACAAGUUCUCCUUCGACGACUACCUUGGUCACCUGGACAUGGAUCUGAACCACAUGCUGCGUCCGGCCAAGUCUCCAGAGAAGUGCGGCCUGGAGCUGCUGAGCCAGCCGGCCGAGAAACUCGUGUCUCUGUUCGAACAGAAGACCGUCAAAGGCUGGUGGCCGUGCACGUACGAGCGCAACGGAGAGAGGAUCAUCGCUGGCAAGGUGGAGAUGUCCCUGGAGAUCGUGUCGGAGCAGGAGCAGGAGGAGAGACCGGCCGGCCUGGGGAGAGAUGAGCCCAACAUGAACCCUCACCUGGAGGAGCCACAGCGUCCAGAAACCUCCUUCCUGUGGUUCAACUCUCCCUGGAAGACCUGGAAGUUCAUCGUGUGGCGGAGGUUCAAGUGGCUCAUCAUCCUCUUCAUCGUCCUCUUCUUCAUCUUACUCUUCAUCGGCGUCUUCCUCUACUCCUUCCCGAACUACGUUGCCAUGAGGAUGGUCAGCCCUUUCGGACCACCCAAGGGAGCGGCGUGAGGAGAGAAAGAAAGAAAGAAGAAAGGAAAGAAAGAAAAAAGAAAUAAAGAAGGAAGGAAAUCAUGAAAGAGAGAGAGAAAAGUGUUAAACACUGACGACAGAUCAGGUUUGAUCACUGAACCUCUGAAGAACAAUGCAGGGAGAAAUCACAGCUGAAUUUCAACGUAGUGCAUUUCAUGUCACUUUUAUUGUUUUUUUUUAUUUGUUUGUUUGUUUGUUUGUUUGGUUUUUUUUUGUUUUCAGUUUGGAAAUAAAUUCAUCCAAUCGGUCGUUCUUCCAAAAGCCCAAAACUGUGAACUGUGGUGAACUCCUGAACUCAGUCUGACGCCGUGCGCUCCAGAUAGAGUUUACACUGUUUUAUACCGUGGGGUGAGAUGUGUGUGUGUGUGUGUGUGUGUGUGUGUGUGUGUGUGUGUGUGUUACCGCUGUAAUCGCUGCAUUACUCCACUGUGCUCAUAUCUAAAUUUGUUAUCAAAGCCCAGCUUGUGUCAUCUGCAUACGUUAGUCUGUGUGUGUCCCAUCAUAUGUGUGUGUGUGUGUGUGUGUGUGUGUGUGUGUGUGUGUGUGUGCCGCCCCGGCCCUGAACCUGAACCCUCCUCGCUUAUUCUCUUUCAUUCCUCCGUCGCCCCUUUAAUCUCUCUUUCCGUUUAAUCCCGCUCUCCGCCCCUCCCUCCUCUCGCCAUGUUGGAGGAGCGAGCGCCGAAUCAAAGGUGGAAACGUUAUCGCCUCCUCCCGCUGCGACCUCCUGCAGAGCCGCGAGGAGGAGGAGGAGGAGGAGGAGGAGGAGGAGGAGAGGGCGGGUCAGGCGGAGGUGAGAGGCGUCAGCUGUCUGAGCAGGAUGUCAUUUAAAAACCUGUUUCACUGUAAAAUAGUUGACAUCGAUUAUGAAUCUCGGCCUCUCACAGCUCACUGUGGCUUUUAUUCUGAAAGAGGUGCACGCUGAUGCUGCAUUCAAGUGUCGUUGGAAAUGUUGAGACAUUAAUUUGAAUGCUCAUAAACGGCUAAGUGGUGAAUAAAGCCGAGACGGUGGGAGGUUUCUGUGGUUUCAGCACUUCAGAAACUUGUUUCCUACUUCCACCUUCUGCCACUUCCUGAAAAACCUUGAAAACUUGGAAAUUUAUAGAUUCGUUUUCCAGUCGAGGAAAACACCUGGAAUAUUUAAAAAAAAAAAAAAAAAAAAAAGGAUAAAAUCUCCCAGAAAUAUUCACAAGAUCACUGAAAA